CUGCACCGAAAGAGCCUUCUUUAACAGGAGCAGACAAUGAAGUUUUCAAUCCGAUUCUCAAUCUUACUGGUUGUGCUGGGAAUUAUCUACUUUUGGAUGAAGAUGGUGAUGAUGGCGCAGCGCUGGCAGGUGAUGACUGGGCAGACAGCAGGACUCAGAGAAGAAUCGAGGAGGACAUCCGUAACCUUAGACUCCUUCCUUCAUGUCCAACAACUAAGGAAGAGGCAACUAAGACAUUUCUGUAACCGGUUUCCACAUUUGCGAGCUUUGACCGCAUCGGGCUCAGCAGAAGAUCUUCUGUCCAGCAUGACUGUAAGCCACAAGCUCAUGACGCUUUACUGCAAACCAGCCGAUGUGACCAUUGAUGGUUGGGAAGAGCUUGUACAAGCUGUGGACAGAAGAUCUGAUGUUACACUAAGGAACCCCCUACCUGUAGAUGACAAUGACACAGUUCCAGACCAGUUGGCCAAGUACAACCCAACCAUGCUGGCCAAAAUGCUUCGGACUUACACCAAGGUUCUCUUUGUUGUGGAUCCAUAUGAAAGGCUCAUAACCACCUACAUGCAAGGCAACGCUGGGGAGGUCUCCUUCGAAGAGUUCAUUGAGGACAUUCUCUCGACAGAGCCCAGCGAAGAGGGCAUCUCAUCCAGCUCUGUCAUCAGUUUGUGCUACCCUUGCUUUGUCCGAUAUGACUACAUAGUGCUGCUCGAUUUCCUCCAGGUGGAACUACCUCAUCUACUGAGGAGAAUCGGUUUGCCAGAGUCGGUGAAGCCGCCGCCACCAAUAGACCGGAAGAUCAAGAUGACAUCAAAGUGGCUCUUGGAAAACUUGCUCCGUGGUCUCGACCAGGAACAGCUCGAGCAGCUCUCUAAGCUCUACUCUUGGGACUUUGCUGCUUUCCCAUUAGUUGGGAACAGGACAAUGCACAAAACUGUGUCGCAAUCAUAAUCUGGAUUUUUAUUUAUUUUUCUCCAAUUAAAUUUAUGUUGUUUUUUUAUAGCCAUUUUUUUUCUCCAUAAUGUUUUUAUACAUAAUCAUUUCACUAGGGGGUGAAUACUUUUGCUACCCCCUUUUUAUUGCUCCAGUGGAUCUCAAAUGAAAAUUGAACACAUCUGGCAGAUAGUUUUGAUGAACCUUCCUCUUCUAGUCUCUGUAGAUUAUCAAGAGGAGGGAGAGGAGUAACAUAUGACUGCAGGAUCAGACUAAUUGGGGUUUGUCAUUGGUUUGUAGUGUGCAAUCAUCGAAACACAUAGAUCUGUAUAGGAGCUGCAUACACAAUACGGUAAGAUUUGUUUCUAAUCUAGAAGAAAUGCGCAGUUGCUUCAGAUUCAUUGUAACAAUUAAACAAUGGUUUUCCAAGGUGUAUAGAGAACUCAAUAUUAAAUCAAAGGGCAGGGAGCUCCCCCUGGUGGUGGCUGCAAACAGACAGAGGUUUAUCAUUUAACUUUGUGGCAGCAGGAGAUUUGGAGCUCUGUUUCAGAAAACUGAAACUAUAUUAGAAAAUCAGU